CUGCUGAAGGAGAAUGUUAGGAAAGGCGGUCACAACUGAGCAUAAAUUCUCACUGUCAAUAAGGGAAAAGGCUUCUCUGCAGAGACACGGAAGACUGGAAAACAGGAUCAGAUACAACACAGAACUAUAUCAUUGGCAACACGCUCUCCAUGGACCUUAGUGUAAUCCUUUUAUCUGUGGUGGUCAUCCUUUUCUUGGCCAAUGUUUACAGCAACCAGAAGAGACAUAAACACAAGGAUUUACCUCCUGGGCCCAAACCUUUACCCAUCAUUGGAAAUCUGCACAUGAUUGACAUGAAACAACCUUACAAAACAUUUAUGGAGCUGUCUAAGAAGUAUGGCACAGUAUUAACUAUUCAUUUCGGAAUGGCAAGAGUCAUUGUCUUGUGCGGCUAUGACACUGUUAAAGAUGCUCUACUCAACCAUGGUGAAGAAUUUUCUAACAGACCAAAGAUGCCAAUAUUUUCCAAAACUACAGACGGCAAUGGUCUUUUUUUUUCUAACGGUGAGAGCUGGAAGGCAAUGAGAAGAUUCGCUCUUUCAACGCUCAAAGACUACGGGAUGGGAAAAAAAGCUAUAGAAGACAAGAUUAGUGAAGAAGCCAAAUAUCUAGUGCAGACACUGAAUUCUUAUGGAGGUAAACCUUUCGAUAUUCUGACCGAUCUUAAUGCUGCAGUGGCCAAUAUAAUCAUCUCCAUACUACUUGGUCAUCGAUUCAAUUAUGAUGACCCCAUUAUACUGAGACUCAUGGGUAUGAUUAAUGAAAACAUACAGCUUAUGAGUUCCAGUGCGAUAAUGCUAUACAAUGUUAUUCCAACUGUGUUAGACCUGCUACCAGGACCUCACCAAAAACUUUUUGAAAAUAUGUGGCAGUUGCAAAACUUCAUAAGAGAAACAUUUACUAAACAGAAGAAAAAUUUAGAUGUAAAUGACCAGAGGAAUCUUAUUGAUGCAUUCCUGGUGAAGCAACAAGAGGGAAAAUCAGAAUCCUCAGGGUAUUUUCACAGUGAUAACUUAAUUGCUCUGGUGAAUGAUCUUUUUGCUGCUGGAAUGGAGACAACCACCACCACUAUGAGAUGGGCAAUAUUGCUAAUGAUGAAAUAUCCAGAAAUACAAAAGAAAGUUCAAAAUGAAAUUGAUAGCAUUAUCGGCACGGCUCAACCUCAAGUAGAGCAUAGGAAAAAAAUGCCGUAUACCGAUGCCGUAAUUCAUGAGAUCCAGAGGUUUGGUGAUAUUGCACCAAAUGGGAUGCCACAUGAAACGAUUCAAGAUGUCACAUUUAGAGGAUAUUUCAUUCCAAAGGGCACUGCUGUUUUCCCGUUGCUUUACUCUGUACUGAAUGAUGAAGCCUAUUUCAAAAAACCCUUUGAAUUUUAUCCGGAGCAUUUUCUUGAUGCAGAAGGAAAUUUUAAAAAGAAUGAUGCCUUCAUUCCAUUCUCUAUAGGCAAAAGAAGUUGUGUUGGUGAAACCUUGGCCAAAAUGGAGCUUUUCCUCUUCUUUACAUCCCUACUGCAGAACUUCACCUUCCAGGCUUCUUCUGGGGCUGAGAUAGACCUUGAACCAGCAGAGGCAGGAAACCAUGGGCCGAAGCCUUACCAACUUUGUGCAAUACCUCGCAGCUAAUUUGUUUAUUUAAAGAGGAAGUAAACUCUCCCACUCUAAUCCUUCUUUUAGUCCAUUAUAUUAAAGCGGAUGUGCCAUGGGAACAA